UUUAAGAUAUUUGUGACCAGAUGUAGAGCUUGUCAGCAUGCCUGACAGUGAAGAGACCCUCAAGAAAAAGUCACAAGAUGAGAAUGCAAUGAAUAUUACAGAAAGCUAUGAAAACAGAACAUUCACAGAUGCACAGAACAUCUCAGAAGAGUUGCCAAUUAAUUCUGGAAAGAUCCAAGACAAGGAUCCUGUAGAAUCAUUAUGGACUACAUAUGCCAAUGGUGUGGUCAAACUAAGAAUAGAUCCAUCCUGUUCACAAACUCCACUAACAGUUCAUCAAAUGUUCAAAGAGUCCAUGGAAAAAUAUGGGCCUCUCAAUGCUUUGGUCAGCAGAAAGAAUGGAAAAUGGGAAAAGAUCACAUUUUCAGAGUAUUACAGUCUUUCUCGGAAAGCAGCUAAAAGCUUCCUGAAGCUUGGUCUUGAACGAUUCCACAGUGUAGCAAUUCUUGGAUUUAACUCUUCAGAAUGGUUCAUUUCAGCAGUUGGAGCUGUUUUUGCUGGAGGAAUUGUCACAGGAAUUUAUACGACUAACUCACCAGAGGCUUGUCACCACAUUUCUCAUGACAGCAAAGCCAAUAUCAUUGUGGUAGACAGUCAAAAACAACUGGACAAAAUAAUGCAGAUCUGGAAUCAUUUGCCACACUUGAAAGCUGUUGUGCAAUACAAAGAAUCUUUGCCAGAAAAACAUCCCAAUUUAUAUACAAUGGAAGAAUUUAUGGAGCUGGGAAAUGAGAUAACAGACGAUACACUGGAUUACAUUAUCAACUCCCAAAAACCUAAUCAGUGUUGUGGUUUAAUAUACACUUCUGGAACAACCGGGAAGCCAAAAGGGGCCAUGCUGAGUCAUGAUAAUAUAACUUGGACAGCCACACACUGCAGUAGAGCAGGGGACAUGCAACCAGCAGAAAUCCAGCAGGAGACUAUAGUCAGUUACCUUCCACUCAGCCACAUCGCUGCUCAGAUCUAUGACCUUUGGACUGGUAUCAAAUGGGGAGAGCAAGUCUACUUUGCUGAGCCAGAUGCUUUAAAGGGUGGCUUGAUCAACACGCUGAAAGAAGCACAGCCAACAUCUCUUAUGGGUGUUCCUCGGGUGUGGGAAAAAAUCAUGGAGAAAUUAAAAGAUGUGUCUGCUCAGUCAAGCUUUAUGAAAAGGAAAAUGCUAUCAUGGGCCAUGUCUGUUAGCUUAGAAAGGAAUCUAAGCUCUUCAAGAAGUGAUUUGAAGCCCUUUCAAACAAGACUAGCAGACUAUUUGGUACUUGCAAAAAUCCGCCGUGCGCUGGGUUUUUCUCGGUGUCAGAAGCAUUUCUCUGGAGCUGCUCCUCUCACUACAGAAACAAUAUAUUUUUUCCUGGGUCUGAACAUCCCACUCUAUGAGGCAUAUGGGAUGAGUGAGACCUCAGGCCCACACUGCAUGUCUGGGCCAUAUGUGUACAGGCGUCACAGCUGUGGCAAAGCAGUGUCUGGCUGCAAAGUGAAACUGGUGAAUGAGGAUGCAGAUGGCAAUGGAGAGAUUUGUUUCUGGGGAAGGACCGUUUUCAUGGGGUAUUUAAAUAUGGAGGAUAAAACAAAAGAAGCCAUAGAUGAAGAUGGGUGGUUGCAUUCUGGAGACCUUGGAAAAAUAGACAAGGAUGGCUUUGUCUAUACUACUGGACGAAUUAAAGAUUUGAUUAUUACAGCUGGAGGUGAAAAUGUGCCUCCAAUUCCAAUUGAAGAUGCAGUCAAAAAGGCACUGCCUAUUGUUAGCAAUGCCAUGUUGAUUGGAGACCAAAAGAAGUUCUUAUCAAUAUUGUUGACUCUAAAGAGUACUUUAGACCCAGAAACAUCUGAACCUACUGAUUAUCUGACUGAGGAAGCCAGAGAGUUCUGCCAGAAGAUUGGCAGCAAUGCAACUAAAGUGUCAGAGAUCGUGGCUAUGAAAGAUAAAGCUGUUCACCAGGCUAUUCAAGAUGGAAUCACCAAAGUCAACAUAAAUGCCCCAGCCAAGGUUCAGUGCAUACAGAAAUGGGUAAUUCUGCAAAGAGAUUUUUCAAUUUCUGGUGGAGAACUUGGUCCUACAAUGAAAUUAAAACGAGAUGCUGUGCUUGAAAAGUACAAAGAAGAAAUAAGUGCAUUUUACAAAGGAUAACAUCAUCUUACCUUUAAGGAAACUUCACUUUUCGAAAAGACCUACAUGACAUUUAGUUUUGCACCUUGUAUAACUGCCUUUCCAAGACAGCAAGCUUAUAGAUUUUUUAGAAUUCUGCUUGUUACUGGUAAUUCCUUCUUUCUUCAUAGUUAGUCACAAUCCACUAUUCUUCAUACCAUUUUAAUUUGGUCUUAAAUGAGUAAACUUAAUUACAUGCUAAUUUGUUACAGAAUAUGAAAAUAACUGCUUAUUAUCUGGAUACGGUUCAUUUAUGUCAGCUGGAUAGAAGCAUAAGGAAGAGUAAAUUAGUAUUUUUUAAGAUUCUGCAACAGGUUAAUUGAUUAUAGUUCAAAAGUCGUUUAGUAAACAUGGCUGGUCACAUGGUACUCUUUUGUGAAACUGCUACAUGACUUUAGUUCAAUAUACAUUAAACCCUAAAGAAUUAACAGUUCAGUGGUUUUGUCCUGUUUUUAAGGAAGGGCAUGUUUGUACCAAAAGAAAUGCUACAAAUCAUGCAAUGCUUGUGACAAGUCUUAUGUUACAAACCUGAGGUGCAAGACUUUCUCUAAUUUCCACAUAAGUGUAGCAUUAUGUUAUGUGAUGGUUGCAGUUUGUAAGCAAAAAGGUGGCUGAAGAGUCUGAUUUUGAUAUCUGGUUGUUAGUUGAAGAUGGGAACAAAUGAAGCAAGCACAUGUUUGCCCCUUAUACAUUACAAGUAAGUAUUUUGAAGCAACGUGUUCAACAUUCACAGACUGCAUCCUGUAUGUGCAAGUCGUGGUACAAGUAUCAGUCAUCUAUUCAAACCAUUACACAAAUCAACAGCCCAGGCUUAUAAAAACCCAACAAAAGUUCUGACCUUGGGAAGUCUUUAUUUUUUCUAUUUUGUGCGUUGUAAUAAUGCAGAAGUUGCUUAGCUCAUAUUGUCAAAUGAAACAAAGAGACAGCAGCAAACAAAAUAUGCACAUUCAAAAAUCAAGCUAACGCUCUGUUCCAGACUUCCACCAUGUCUCUACAUCCAGGAGAAGGACGUGACUGUGUCACCAGAAACUGCACCCAAAAAAAAAAAAAAUCCCCGUCACUGU